AAAAUAAUUGUUUUGCCACUAACAGAAAGCUCAAUUGCAAAGAACAGGGUUCUGCAAAUUUCAUGUGCAGAUACCAAUCAAUGCUGAGGAAAAAACAAUUCUCCUUAAGGACCUUAACCCAAAGAAGCAUAUCAAUCUUUACAUCCAUGAGUUCAUCACUAUUAUCUGCACCUAUGGAAUCAUACAGUGAACUUACCAAUCCCCAAAUAAAAAAUAUUUAUUCCUGUAAUCGAACAAUUGAUGGGUUGAUAAAAUCUGGGGCCCUGCUUUCCGCCCUUGGCGUGUUUGAUGAAAUGCCUGCUCGGGAUGUUGUUACUUGGAAUUUGAUAAUAUCUGGUCACGCUCGUUGUGGGCAUUCGAGAAGGGCUUUGUAUUUCUACAAUGAAAUGGUUUGUGAAGGAAUUAGAGAGAGUUCGUCAACUUUUUCUACUGUUUUGAGUAUUUGCAGUGGCUCAGGGUUUUGCCAAGAAGGAAUUCAAGUUCACGGCAGGAUAAUUGUCCUUGGGUUCAACUUAAAUUUGUUUGUUGCGAGUCCUCUUGUGGAUCUUUACAUGAAAAUGGGACUUCAUGAUGUGGCUGUGAACCUGUUUGAUGACUUGCCUUGUCGUAAUUUAGUGAUAUGGAAUUUAGUUUUACGGGGGUUUUGUGAACUGGGUUGGUCAGAUGGCUUACUGGGAUUGUAUACUGAGAUGGAACUAGAUGAUGUGCAGCCAAAUGGGCUUAGCUUUUGUUAUUUGAUUCGUGGGUGUCGUAACGGGAGGCUCCUAGAUGAAGGGAAACAACUGCAUUGCCAUGUGAUUAAGAUGGGAUGGAUAGAAUUGAAUUUAUUCGUUAAAAAUGCCUUGGUGGAUUUUUACUCUGCUUGUGGGUGCUUGAAUGAGACCAGGAUUUCAUUUGAAGCUAUUCCGACCGCAGAUGUAAUUUCCUGGAAUUCAAUUGUUUCUGUUUAUGCUGAGAAUGGUCUUUUGCCUCAUGCUGUCCUGGUCUUUGAAAGAAUGCAGUUGUGGGAUAAAAAGCCAUCGGUGUGUUCAUUCUUGGGGUUCUUGAAUUUGUCAAGCAGGACUGAGAAUCUUCUUUUUGGGAAACAGAUUCACUGUUAUGUUACAAAAUUGGGUUUCGAUGAAGGAAGCGUCCUUGUUCAAUCUGCUUUAAUCAAUAUGUACGGGAAGUGCCGUGAGAUGGAGAGUUCCGUAUCUAUAUUUGAGGGUGCUCCUCGGAGAACUCUGGAGUGUUGCAAUUCACUGAUGACGUCUUUGUUUCACUGUGGUAUAAUUGAAGACGUGGUUGAGAUGUUUGGUUUGAUGGUUGAUGAAGGAAUUGGGUUUGAUGAGGUCAGUUUGUUGAUGACACUUAAAUCAUUAUCAGUAUCGGCUCCAGCAAAUUUAGGCAGCUGCAGAUUGCUGCACUGUUGUGCAAUAAAAUCAGGUUUUGAAUCUGAUAUUGUGGUUUCAUGUUCUUUAAUCGAUGCAUACUCAAAAUCUGGUCACGUUGGUCUUUCUCGCCGGGUUUUCGAUGAACUCCCGUCACAAAAUGCAAUCUGUUUCACUUCAAUCAUGAAUGGAUAUGCAUGGAAUGGAAUGGGGAGAGAAGGCCUUGAAAUGCUUAAAACUAUGAUCCAAAAGGGCUUGAAACCUGAUGAAGUUACAUUCUUGUGUGCAUUAACAGGGUGCAGCCACUCGGGGCUGAUUGAUGAAGGAAGAAUGGUAUUCCACUCAAUGAGAUAUCUUCAUGGAAUUUACCCAAGAAGGCAGCAUUAUUCAUGCAUGGUAGAUCUGCUAGGUCGUGCUGGCUUGUUGGAUGAAGCUGAAGAGCUGCUGCAACAAGCACCAUCGAGGAAUGAUUGCGUGAUGUGGAGUUCAUUGCUCCGAAGUUGUAGAGUCCACAGGAAUGAAACAGUGGGAAGGAGAGCGGCGAAGAUCUUGAUGGAGCUUGAGCCACUGGAUCCUGCUGCUUACUUGCAAGCUUCAAUCUUCUAUUCUGAAAUUGGGGACUUCGGAACUUCAUUGCAAGUAAGAGAGAUUGCAAUGGCAAUGAAGGUGAGAAGGGAAAUUGGUCGCAGUUUAAUUGAGAGUAACAGUUGCAGCUAACAUUUUGCACCUUGUGCUAUAGAAAAUGAUUGUCCUUCCUAUUGUCUUCAGCCUUAGGGUGUGCUUUCUACCAACCACAUAAAAUCCGUACCUCCUUUUCCUCUUUGGUUGUACCAACUAAUUGACCUUGGUUUUCAUUAAUUUUUGUUAUAUUAUAUACUGUACAUGGACGGCAAAUUGUUAUUGUACAUAUAUUUGAAUAAUUUGAUUGAGAUUGCUUCUAGAAAAAAAUAGCUUUGAGAGUUUGUUUUAUCCAA